AUGGAAGAAGAAAUUGAGGAUUUAUUGAUGGAAGAGGAGAAAAUAUUAAGUGAAACCCAAACCUCCAAGGUUUUGAAGGACAUGACGCUUAACAUGAAGAUGAAAUUUAAAAAGUAUUGGGGUGACCUUGAUAAAUUGAACCAAAUUUUGAUGGUUGCUCUUGUUCUUGACCCUCGAUACAAAUUGGGGAACUUGGAGUUUAUCUUGAAGAGUCGGUUUGAAAAUCCGGAAGAUGCGGUUAAGAAGAAGAAUGAGAUCAAAGAGAUUUUAAAGAAGCUUUAUGAGGAGUAUGCCAUGCCACCACCACCACCAUCCACUGAAAGUAAUAGUUAUUAUUUUAGUGAUACUACUACCAUGCAUACAAGUAGUAUCUUAAGCCGAGGGGGAAAGAAACGGAGGCAAAUGACUGAAAGUUGGAGAAAAGAGACUCGAGCAAAUGAUGUUGUGAUAUUAGAGCAUGAGAUUGAUAGAUAUUAUGAGUUUAAGCGUAUGCAGAUGAAGGAGAUCGCCGCCUUUCUUGGACAUGUUGGCAGCAAAACCUCUUGUGGUUAUGGUGUGGCCACAGGAGGACCAUUGGCCUGGGGACUUUGCUACAACAGGGAAAUGAGUCCCAUGCAGUCAUACUGCGAUGACUAUUACAAAUACACAUAUCCCUGCACUCCUGGAGCUGAAUACUAUGGUCGUGGUGCUUUGCCGAUCUACUGGAACUACAAUUAUGGUGCAGCUGGAGAAGCUUUGAAGGCUGAUCUGUUGAACCAUCCUGAAUACAUUGAGCAGAAUGCUACUCUUGCUUUCCAGGCUGCAAUAUGGAGGUGGAUGACCGCUAUCAAGAAGUCACAACCCUCAGCGCACGAUGCAUUUGUUGGCAAUUGGAAGCCCACCAAGAAUGAUACUUUGAGCAAGAGGUUUCCUGGAUUUGGCGCUACAAUGAAUAUUCUUUAUGGCGAUCAAGUUUGUGGGCAGGGCGACAUUGAUGCCAUGAACAACAUUGUUUCCCAUUACCAGUACUACCUUGACCUUAUGGGUGUCGGACGAGAGGAGGCAGGGACCCAUGAAGUGCUAACUUGUGCCGAGCAGGUUGCAUUUAACCCAACCAAGGCUGCUGUUACUGCAUCUUCUUGAGCUCUAUUGGGCCUUGGGUUGCCUGCUCUAUCAGAUCCAUCUUCUUCUCUCAUCAGCUAAGCAAUUUAAAAAGAAAAAAGAAAAAAAUAUCAAAACCCAUCCGAGGGCAGGACUAUCAAUAAAAAGAUGUCGAAGGUAGAUGUUAAUAUAAUUAUUUUAAUUUUUACGUGUGAAGAUGCAUAUCUGUGGAAGUAUAUGGUUUGCUGAUUGAUUUGUUGCCAUACUUUGUUAAAUUGCUAUGUGAAUUUUGAGAUCCACUCGUUUCCAAGGUCGAAAUGUGUGGUUGUGUAGUUUGUAAUAUGUAAUAUGUAAUAUAUGAACCAUUUUGUCAGACUUGAAUGCGUAUGGACUUGUGAAUUUGUAUUUA